GACCAAUAUAUGGGGCAUUCUUGCUUCACUUACCCCAGUUGCUUGGAAUAAUUUGAUCCCUUAAUGAAAAAAUUGAAAGAGGCCGGCUAUGUGGGCAAAUUAUACCAUACAAACAACCUUAUCCCAACUCUUUAAAAAAUGUUUAUGCGUAAAUAACCAAAAAUAAGGCCAGAAUUGCAAAUACAUGAAUAUGUGACAGCCAAAAUUGAGCCAGUUGUAUUUGACAUGUUAAAAUCUCUGCAACUAAGUAGGUACAACAAAUUACGUCUGUCAAUUGGGGAAAAUACUCCCAAAUUAAUGUGAAAAACAGUUCUGUCUGGAGUUAAUAUUUUAAAGUUAAUAUACAAAAUGCAUUUUAAUUGUUGAAGAUACAUGUCAUUGUGAAUGCAAUAAUGUUAUUUAAAAAUGGCUUAGUCCAUUUUUUGUAGUCAAAACAUUCCACCUGAAAUUAAAAAAUCAGAUUGAUUUAAUAGGGCUAAUGUUAACUGAUGUGCGUAAUAGAAAAUUAAGAAAUCAGAACUUCAGGAGAUGAUAAUGUUCCCAGAGAAGAACAGAUAUUGAAAAUUUAAAUGAGUUGGGUGGAUCUGUUCUUAAGACAGCAUGUGUUAUAUUUUGUUAUAGAACACUUUUUAUAUCUUGUCCAAUAGAAUUAGAUACAUUAGGGUUCUAUUUAUCCUUGACAAGCACUUUUGAUCCUCUCCCGGCUUCCUACAAUGGAAAGCAUUUAGGAUAUUGUUGUGGUCCUGACUAAAGUUGACUAUCCUUUAUCUCCCUGAGGAUUUUACUUGCAUUUUGUCACGCCCACUCUCUUGCGGAAUCCUUGUAAUUUUAACUUCAACUUUAACUUUUAAAGCAAGCCAAGUGCCUCUCUGAAAAUUUGAUGAAGACAACAGCUGAUGAAUUUCAUGUUUUUUCUUUGAUUGCAAUUGUGUUGAAAAAAUGCAGAAAGUUUGAUCAUCUGAGGAUGGGGAAAUUGGGUUAUAGAGCUACCUUUACAGCAUAGCGGGGUUUUAGUUCCCUAAAUACUAAGAUUAUGUUCACCGAAGUUAUUGUGUCAAAAAUUUAAGCAGCCGCAGAUUUGUGAAAUUAUUUUCUUAAUGGCUUAAUUCCUUUCAGUUAAACAGACACAUAGCAAAAUAAUCACCAGCAUUUACCUACUGACUGUGACACUGUGGGGAAAUAUGUUUUUUAAAAAGUUUGAAAAUAAAAUGAACAGUGGAUUUUUAUUUCCACAUGUAAUAUGCUUAGUGUGUUAUUUCUCUUGAAAUCCUAGCAAUUAAUAACCAAUUAAAUAAAAUGAUUUCCCUCUCAAAGCAUAUCCGUCUACAAAAUCAGUUGACCCCCAUCUGCAAGUAUCAGUCAGCCUCUUUCACAAACAAACCGGCCACUAUCAAGGAAUGGAAGCUGUUGCAACUAGUGAGUUUUCGUGAAGAGAGAGAGAAAAAGAAUGAUGAACAAACCUGGAUAAAGAGAAGGCCAGAAGAAGAUGAUGUUAUGAGCUAGUAGGAGUGAAAAGGGGAAGAUGAUAAGGGAACAACUGUACCCAAGCGUCUUGGAGGAUAUAGAAGAACUCCAUGAAACAGAAUAAGCAAGAAGCUUGUCGGUAUGUUGGAUAACGGCAACCCCUGGAACAUUUGUGACAUACCCUUAGUCCUGGACUUGCAAAUGCAAUUAGGCUUUGAUCUGCAGAAAGCAGCUGAGGGACAGGAAGAAGUGAGAAGGAGGGAUGAGUUUUGCUUCCACAUUCAGAGGGCUGCUGGCGGCUCUGAAUAGGUAUGGAGGAACGAGCAGCGGUGAUACCUUGGGAUGCAAGCAGUCAGUCAAGUCCUUCCUAUGAACCUACAAGGGAUAAUGGCAGCCUUCUUGGAAAAAGCUCAGAUAUUUCAAUAGCUCUGGAGAAACUGAAACAUGAGGCGGGUUUUAUAGAUUCUCCUUCCUAUGGUGAUCAGUUGAGUGACGGACAAUUAGAACCCAGUGAGGGAUUAUCUGCAACUCCUUUCCUGAAUUCAAAUCUGAUAGGAAAAGCCUCUGAGAAGAGUCAGUUGCCAAUGUUUGGUCGAGAUGCCGGGCUCUCAGGCUGCCAGACAAGUCUGCUUCGGUCUGACGUUGGUGUUGGAAGGCCAGAGCCCCUGGCUUGCUCAGGAAAAACUGGAACACCCCAUUAUCCCUUUUCCUCUGCAAAUCCACGACGAAGGCCCCUCCGUGAUUCAUCUUCCCUUGAUUCUCUGCAGACAAAAAAAGUAAGGAAGGUCCCUCCUGGUUUGCCGUCUUCUGUAAGUCCCAGAGGUUUUAAACCUUUUAAUAGAAGCACACGCUUAUUUAUGGAUCUAACUUUCUCAGUCGUAAAGAUUCAAGCUUGUCACCCAGCAAGGAAGGAAGGAAGGAAAUUGAAAUAUGAAAUAUAAACUCCUAUUCAGUUUCAUCUGCUAGUUCCUGUAAUCCAAGAGGAAAGGAGUGUUCCAGGAACUAUCUCUUGAUACACAUCUUUUGAUGUUUAAUUAGUUAUUACGUUGCUGAGGAGGAGGAGGAGGACAGAGAUUAAUAGCAGAGAAUGGUAAAAUUUACAUUGCUAAUGAUUCAAGUGGUGUUGAAGACCUUAAGAUUCGAUUGGUAGGACAUGUACAGCUCAGCUUGCUUCAAUAGGACUGAGGUUAUUAAUAUGCAUAAAUCAAUUAUUGUGAAGCCCUGGUGGAUUUUCAAACCUUCAUUAAGCCUUUUCUAACUGGAGCUGAGCAUCAGAAAGGCUUUCAAGCAGCUGGUUCGUUGAUCCUCUUGCACAUUUUUCUUUUAGCCUUUGAGAACAAAAUACUGAUGAAAAAUGGAGGGGCUUGGUAGAAAAAUCAUUAUAUGAUAAUCUUACACUUUGGGAGUUUGAAAUAUUAACCAUUUUCAUUCAGCAACGUAAGAAAAUGGUGACAUGUAUCUGCAUUUAAAAUCCGUAUCAGAUCAAAGGAGAGCCCUUCGUUCCCCUCCCUUUCCGAGCACACAAGAACUCACUUCUUUGUUGUGCAAAUGGGGGUGUUGGGCUUCUACUCAGCAGCACGUGGGGUAGGUGCCCUUGGGCGAGUUAUGGCUCAAGAGUUGUGCAGGGCCAAUUGAAUGCGCUGCUGCUCCGGGCAGGAGCAGAGCCAGUGCGCCCCCCCCCCCCCCGGAGUGCCUGCUCCCUGCUCGGAGUGGAAGCGGGAGCUGCCGCCUGCUUCCGUGCUGCUUCUGUUUCCCUCAUCAGCUCCUCCUCCUCCUCCUCCUUCUCCCAGGUGCAAGACGCUGCAAUUCACCUGGAAGCCAAGCUUAAUACUGGACGCCCUCAGAAAAGCAGCUCCAGCAUAAGCACCUGGCAUGACAAGCUUCCGGGUAAACUCGGGAGCAGAGAGCCAACCAUUAUUCCUAAAUAUAGGAACCUUCCCCUCCUCUUCUGUUCCCAAGAGAAGUUUAAAGCUACUCCAAGUUAGUUUUUAUGAUAUUUUUAACUACUACAGUUGACUGACACACACCAUUAGUAACUUGGGGGGGAAAGUCUACCGUAGACUGAAGUAAUAGUCAUGCACACAAAGAUAGACUACUCUUUCUGCCAUUCUUUAAAAGGUAUUUAAGCUCCGUUACUAGCUCUGAUUUUGCCUAGGUUAAAGCAAAUGCCUUUGUUAAAUUAUACUUUGGUUUUUGAUAUUGAAUAGUAAUGGCCAUCUCUACACCAGCAGAUAAUGCUAAGCUUUUGCAUAUCAAUUUCUGAACCAUUCAGGCUCUCCUGAAACUAAUGCAUAAGCCCAGUUAGUACUGAAGUGUUUCAAGUUCCAUCUUCCGUCGCUUCUUUAUGAAAUGUUGAAUGUGGAUGCCUUGGUUGGGCCAAGCACUCCUGCCUGUGAUUGGGAAUGGGCAGGUAGAGGCAGGUGGGCAGUUGGCGCUCCGCCCAAAGGGGUUCUGCUCCUUUGCCCAACUACCUGUUGGAAAGGGUUUUAUCCAGUGCUGGUGGGCUGUGAGUGUGUCUGUGCUUGAAAGAACAUGGUGGGAGACUUGGAAUAAAAAGCCAAAACUGCCCAUACUCCUUUUGUUGUUGUAUAUUCCAUGCAGGGUUUCUUGAUAAGAUGCAAGCUCUGCAUAAUGCAGGAUGAAUCUGACAUAUUAAAAGAGGGGUGGGGGGAAUAAGCUGCGUGUGCAGUAGAUCUUAGAAAGAAUUCGCCCUUCGCAAUGCUAGACCCAGGAUCAUCCGGUGAGGCUGAAUUGGUUAAGAGAAAUGGUGCUGCUGUCUCACUUCUCGGUACUUGGCUGGUGGCUGCACUAAUGGGUAAACAUGAAUAUUUCUUUUUUCCCUUCCUUAUUGGAGAAACACUCACUGUUCGAAAGAGGACUAGGGCAUUUUAUCAGAAAGGCUCUUAAAUAUUUGGCUUGGUUGCUUUCUUUUCAUGCUGUACAAAUGUUCUUAUUCUGUUAAAAGUGGUGCUAAAAUAUAAGAGUAAUCAUUUGCUUUCUUGUCCUUAUUCCGGGGCAUAUAAUUGAUGAUCCAGUAAAAUAUUAUGGAACAUUUAAUCUGUUCCUUGAACCAUUUUCUGUGCUGAUCUAUUAAAUAUGGUUUAAAAUCCUCAAAAGCAUUUGUGUUAAUAGUGCUGUUGCUUUUGAGAUCUUCAGUUAAGGCAAUUGUAUUUGUGGCUCUCUGCAUUGCAUACCGUAAAGCUCCGUGUAAA